AUGGAUCCCACCAAUAUGAUCAACGUCCUCAUAACCAGCAUAGCCGGCACCGGCCUUCCACCGACCCUAACCUUCGCCCUCCCCGCCACAACAACCAUCACCGAGCUUCGCGACCGGCUCCUCACCCGCCUGCCCGGCUCUCUAUCUGAAACAGCCGCAGCCGCCUCUUCCUUCCGCUUCCUUCUCACCACCAACUCCAACAAGCAGCUCCCCUCAUCUUCCACCCAGCCCCUCUCAUCUCUUCUACCCAACAGCAACAAUGUCGAAUUCCUUCCCCUCCGCCUCUCCCUCCCGCUCUGCGGCGGCAAAGGCGGUUUCGGCUCCCAGCUCCGCGCCCAAGGCGGGCGCAUGUCCUCCAAGCGCAAGAAGAACGGGCUCCAGGGUGAAGAUAACGGGUCCUCGCGCAACCUAGACGGCCGUAGGUUGCGGACCAUCACGGAAGCCAAGGCAUUGGCUGAUUACCUGGCCAUCAAGCCGGACAUGGAGAAGAAGGAGAAGGAGAAGCGGAGGAAGCGGUGGCAGCAGAUUGUGGAGCAAACCGAAAAACGGCAGGAGGAGAUCCGGAACGGGAAAGCGGGAGGUGGAGGUGGGGGAUUCAUGUUGGAUGGCAAGUGGGUGGAGGAUAAGGAGGAGCUGGAUGAGAGGACGAGGGAGGCGGUCAUGACGGCACUGAAGAACGGGGCUUAUACGGAUAAUUUGUCCAUGUUGGCUGCUACGGCGGCUGCGGCGAAUGCGGCGAAUCCUGGGGAGGGUGGCUCGGGGAGUGGGAGUGGGUCGUCUUCAGGUGGUGAGGCGAUGAGUGAAGAUGAGAAGGAGGUUGAGGGUGAGCGGGAUGGGGCCGCCACGCCGCCAUCGGAACCGGAGCCCGAACCGAAGGUGACAGUGGUCAAGGAGACGUUGAAAGGCAAGGAAAAGGAGACGGCCCAGCCGAAGGCGCAGGUCAAGACCUUUGCUGGCUUUGAUGACGAUGAUGAGUUUAUGAGCUCUGAUGAUGAGUGA